UGUUGACGUGAACACAUCUGAUGAGCUACACUCGCGAGUGUUACGCGCGGCAUACCAAAUCAAAAGUCUAAGAGGUAGCGCAUUAAACUGUGAAAAAGAAACACUCACUUAGUGCUUUAGGCGGGUGGUCGUAGCCUCACAGCAGAGGCGGAAUAUGCGCCACACGUGGAGUCGCCGGAGACAUAGGAUUAUAUGAAGGGCUGUCAAGUGUGUGGGCACGUGCGGGUGCCAGGACUUGUGUCGUGACUUACACAUCUAACCAUCAUACAGAAAUUAAAUGUUUGUCGGCAUAAGGCGAACAGCUGGUGCCAGCAAAUACGCAUUUCAUUGCCUAUAUUGCAGUACAGGUGCAGGCACUGCAGAGAGAUUGUGAGAACAAGGAAAGAUUUAAAUUGUUUUUAAUAGAAUGUAAAACGAAUAGCUUUCUACUCCAUGUUGUUUUCCUGUUUUGUGCACAAAUACAGUGAUUCAAAGGAAAUGUGCGGUCGCGCACUUGUGUAGUUGUGUGUGGUGCGCCAGCAUCCACCUGGAAGUUACGAUUGCUGGCAACUCAUUCAACUAUAACGCAGCCAUGUGCCCAAUUUUACAUGCAAAAAGCAAAUUAAUUCGAAAUGUUCAGAAUUUGUAUAAAAUGAAAAAAUAAUGACCUGUGUAGAAGUGAAUUGUGUGGGCUGAUGGAAAGUAUUAAAAAUGGCUUGACCUUUCUUAGACUCAAAAUAUGAAUGAGCAUCCAUAAUUACCUGACAAAUGUCAAGGGGUUAUAAGUUCUGGUGGUGGAAUGAACAAUGAAAUUUGGCAUUCUGUAAUAGCUAAAAACAUUCACUUUGGAUUUGUAUUCACCUCUGUGAUGAAUGGUCAAAAUAUUUCUCGAUCCGCGAUGGCAUACAGCGCAGUACUUCCAAUUAACCAAAGCGGCAGUGUCAACUCAGCAACGUAAAAAUGUCUUCAACAUAAACAUUUAAGUUUAGUGGCUAUCGAGAAAAGAAAAAAACGCCGCUAAGUUUUGCAAUAAAAUAAAAUAAAUAAAGUGUGAAAAUGUGCGAUUCUCUAAGUGACAAAAACAUCGCAGCUUACUUGUAAGUGUAAGAAAAAGAGAAAAAGAAAAAGGAGAGAAAAAAUAAGAAAUUAAACAAAAAAACGAACAUCAACAAUAAUAAUGCAGCAACAACCACAAACGCUAACUGAAUUUCUGUCCUCAAGGAAUUAUUUUAAUAAGCGAUAUUUGUGCGAAAUUGUGAAAAGACAGAAACUUCAACUGCACCAAAAAUUCACGCCGCAAAUGUGUCCCAAAAGUACGCAGAGCGAAGAAGCUGAACUGAAGAAGUUAGCUAAAAUACCAACAUCCACCGCAAAAACAAAUACAAGCAUGGGAAGCUAUAGACAUUUGCAGAGACGCAGCAGCAACAACAACAGCUUAACUGGCGCCAGUAGCAACAUUAACUGCACCAGUGGGGCCAUUCGCACCGACUACAGUCAUGGCAAUGCGAAGAGCAACAACAAAAGACACAGCUACUACGGCUAUAAUCUCUGUGUUAGAAAUGGCAAGAGCUUUACAGCAAGAAGAAGAAUAACGAUUACAAGCGGACAACUCCUGCUGACAAUGCUGCUAUCUUCCGUGCUCGUCCUGGAAGCGAACUCCACCGUCGCUUCAUCGACGUAUGCAACAAUAUCGUUAACAAAAACAACAAAUACAGCAACGCCAAACGCAAUGUUAUUUUUAAACACAUCUACAAGCAACGUGCCGACAGCAAGAACUGCCGAGAGUUCGGCCCCAACACAACCAAAGAGCGUAACAAUAGCAGCUAUGGGAGUAACACCUCCAACAAACUUGGCUGCGCCACCUGUAUUAUCAUUAGUUUCAGCCUCAGCAAUAACAAAUGUCCCUGAUGCUACGCCCGUUACCGAUACAAUGCUAUCUACGCCACCUAUCCGUUCGCCGUCAGCAUCGCCUCUGCGUCCCAUAUCAAACCCAUUAUCGUCUUCCUCAGUAACAACAAUAAUGCCAGCAAGUGAUCCACCAGUAGAGCUAUUUGCAAUGGAGAAGGUAACAACUAUAGCAACAACAACAGACGACAACGUGGAAAGCGCCACGAUUAGCCUGCAGCCUCCGCCGCCUUCCGAUGUACUCAUAAAAGGCUUUUCCAUACCAACAUUUUUACCACCAUUUCCGUCUUUUGCCAUGGCUGACCUACCAGCUUACAAAUCGGCGCCUACUUCGUUAGCAGCAGUCACUCCGACUGUGUCAACAGACCCUCAGGAUCAACUUUAUUUAGCCGCCUACCAGCAAAACGCUCUCCGCCUCAACCUAUCGAUGCCAACGAUGAAUAUUACCGUUCAGAUGGGCAAUCACGCUUACCUGCCUUGCAAUAUACAUCACAUGUUGAACAAGCCAAUUUCGUGGGUGCGGCUUCGUGAUGGCCACAUACUCUCCGUGGACCAAGCGACUUUCAUUGCCGACCAGCGUUUUCAGGCCAUAUUCCAAGGCGAGGACGAGUACACCUGGUCGCUGCAGAUCAAAUAUGUGCAGGACACCGAUGAAGGCUGGUACGAGUGCCAAGUGUCCACUGAGCCAAAAAUGAGUGCAACAAUUUAUUUAGGCGUAGUUGUCCCACACACCGAGCUGAUUGGUGAUCAGAACCGUUUCGUGAAAGCAGGUAGUAAGGUGGCACUGCACUGCAUAGUUCGGGACACACUUGACCCGCCAACCUACAUCAUUUGGUUCCGAGGCAAGACACAAAUCGCGAAUGACAAUAAAAUGGGCUGGUACACAGAAAUCGACCGCACGAUCUUCGGUAAUGCGGACAGCAACCGUAAUACGAUUGGCUCGCUAAUAAUACCUUUUGUGAAGAAAAAGGAUUCGGGUAACUACACUUGUCAGCCGUCUAAUAGUGCGCCCGUUUCGGUGGAUCUGCACGUGCUGAGCGGGGAGUAUUCUGCGUCGGCAAUAAUGUCGGCGGGAAGCACCUACCGGGUGAGCGGAAGUUCUCUUUGCUGUCUGCUGCUGCUACUGGUGAUGCUCGUCGUGUCGAAGACGUGACUGCGUCGUAUUUUAACGUAAGUCGACGAACUGACAUUAGCUCCGCCGUUCAUUUUAUGUUUACAUUGCCAAGCCCUUUUCGUUGUGAACAAAGACAUCUAGACUAAGUUAAGUAAAUGGACUUGGAAACGCUACUUGUAAAUAAUUAAGUAUUGUUAAUAUUACUGACAAAGACAAAGAGAAAGAGAAAAGAGCAUUUGGAUAUGGCAAACAAUGAGACCCAAGUCAGACGAGAGUGUGCACGGACGUAAUCACAAGGACAAGCACUUUAAUUAUAAGAUGAUAUGAACAAUUAAUGUAAUAAUUCCACACCAUAACUUAAGUGACUUUUUUAUUAACGUAAUGAAACGUACAACUGAAAUACAGAUAACGGAAAGUGCGAAAACAAAGUUGUGAAACAUCAAUAAGUAGGAUAUCAGCAAAAGUAAUUUAGUAGCAGACGAUUAGUUAUUCAUUACAGUAGCAAGAUAAUUAUGGUGGUUAAGUCAAAUUGGUGCAACCAGAAGUUGAAAUAAUUACGAGAAUUGAAACAAAUAGCAAAAAUUGUCAACUACUUUCAGCACUGCAUAAUCGAAUAUUGUAAAUAUUAAAUAAAUUUUACCUUAAUAAUAACAAAAUACUGCAUAAGAGAUUAUAUAAACGCAUUCGAUUGAAGUGAACACUUAGUAUUUAAUACAAAUACAACACACAGGCGAGUAUAUUUGCAGGGCAUGCCAAGCUACUCGUUGCUGAAAAUGAAAUCUAAUAUAUAAUAAAAUGCAAU